GGCCCACCCCACUUCCUUUCUCUCUGUAUCUCUCUCACCCGGCGGCCAAAAACCCUAAUCCUCUCUUCUCUUCGACACCCACCACCCAUCACCCAUAGUCCUCUCUUCUCUUCGAAGAACAGCCACCACCCACCCUUGCCGAACCCUUCUCUCCCUUCUCUCUCUAUCGCCCUCUCUGUCCGAGCUCUCUCCAUCGCUGCUUCGCUGCUCCUCGCCGUGGGUCGUUUCUGCUUCUCCCCUCCUCGCCGGCGUCGUUUCUGCUUCUCUUCUCCACACCGCAUCUCGCCGUCGUUGCUUCUUUUCAACCCUCUCAGAACCAGAGCUUGUAGUGAGAAUUGGAGUCAGGUAAAAGAAGAAAUGGCGUUCAGAGGCAAAGAGAUGAUGAAGAAAGUGUUGAAGAGAGUUGGAGAGAACAAUUUGAACCCGAGAGUGAAGGAAUCGCUGGAGAAAUGUAUACCUCGAAGCAAGGUUGUAAUGGGUCGUGCCAAACGCGGCCUAUUUGCCGGUAGACACAUUCAGUUCGGCAACAGUGUUAGUGAAGAUGGCGGUAACAAGACAAGGAGAACGUGGAAACCUAAUGUCCAAGAAAAGCGGCUCUUCAGUUACAUCCUGGAUCGUCACAUUCAGGUCAAAGUGACCACCCAUGCCCUUUGUUGCAUAGACAAAGCUGGUGGGAUUGAUGAAUACUUGCUGAAAACUCCUUAUCAAAAAAUGGACACUGAGAUCGGUGUCUUCUGGAAGGCAAAGAUGGAGAAGCUCUAUGAAGAGCUUGGCGAGAAGGAGGUUGUGUUCUUUGCACCAAAGGAUGAAGCCAAGUUUGAACAAGGCUUUAGAGAUUUGAAGCUAUCUGAAAAGGAAGCGCGCAAGGAAACCAGAAGAAAAAUGUUUGCCCAGAUAAGCAAGCACAAGCUGAUUGGGGUAGAAAGUAAAGAUGGUCAAUCUAUCGAGGACGGUGAAGAAAUCUUGCAUGGUGCUCGGAAACAGUUGGUCCCAGUUUCAUAUGUGUUGGCUGCUGACAAGCUCAAGGUUGGGAGUUAUGUUUCUAAUUAACGAUGUGUUACCUGAUAAUAGUGGUGUAAUCUGUAUCAGCUCAUGGCUGUUUCACUCAGUACUAAAGCUUUUCCCUCACAUUGCAUUUUCAGUGUAGUUUUUACAGUCAAAAACGGCAUUCUAAAUAAUGAACAAAGAAGGGUAUUGUCUUCA